AUAAAAUACAAGUGCCGUUCCGCAUCAAGUAUUCGCUUAUCAAUACAAAUAUCAAGCAUUUUGGUAAGAUUUGAGCCCAGCCAUCGGUUUUCGGUUGGUAGCAAGUAAUAUAUAACUUACUCUAGCGAGUUGAAUGAAAAAGUACCGUACUGAAUUCCUUGUUAGUUUUAAAUUUCUAAAAUUUGUUCAUAUAUGCUUAAGUGUUUGUAAGGAUACUUAAGUGUUCAUGAAUAUUCGGCAAUUGUCAUUAUUCAUGCAUUUGCAGGUAGAGUGACGUGCAGCGGAUACGGCACUCCUACUUAAAUCCUGGUUUUGUUGUAUGUGCUGUAAAAGGUGAGACAAACGCUACCUUACUUUGGCAUUUCCUAUAGCAUUGCCUUCACUCGAAGCAAUAUUUGUACUUCAGCGAUAAAUUGGACAAAGCUUAUUCGUACUUGAAGCCAUCAAGCGGUAAACUUGGUAAUAUACACGAACUAUUUAUCAAAUAUCCGAAGUAUUGCGAAAGUUCAAAAUGAGCAGGGGACGUUCUUUAGAAAAUAUCAAACAACGGAUAAGCGAAAUGAAAAUUUCGAUUGACGAAACCGAAGAACGAGAAGCAAAUGCUAAGGAAGAACUUGUGAUGGUUGUCGAACGCCAACUUAAGAGCGAAACCGAAGCUAGAUCGCUGCAAAAUCGAGUCGAGACUUUAAAAGCCGAGCUGGUACGAGUGACUGGUAGGACCACAGAUAUUCAGAAUCAAUUAGACCAAAAUGCCCAGCGCUCGGAGGAAUCAGAAAGCAAUCGCAAACGACUUGAAGAUAAAGAAGAGGAAGGCUUCGAAAUGACGAAGGAAAUCGAAGACAACGCGAAAUUUAUGAAGUAUGAUUUAGAAGAGAAAGAAAAUCGGUAUAAGGAAGCCUCGCUGCGUGAGAAAGCAUUAGUCAAUGAUCUGAAACGUGUCGAAGAUAAUUUGGAAAGAUUCCUGCAGAAGGAAGCGGAAUUUCAAAAACAGUACCAAGAUUUUACGGGCACGACCAACUCUCUGGAAAGCAACGUGAAUAUCUUAAACGAGAAAGAGGACGAGCUUCAAGAAAAGGUCGCUUUUCUAGAUGAUCAAAUUAAGCAGGUGACCGCUUUAGAGGAGGAGAAAGCGAGCAAGAUUAAAACGUGUGAACGAUUGAAGGAAAGACUCGAGGAUGAAAUACGACGAGAGAAAGAGAAGAUGAGCGAGAUCGAGAAACAAUUUGAGGAGAUUGAACAAGGCUUGUGAGCUAAUCUUUAACAAAACUCUUUCAUAUUUAGUACUUAUCGCUACAUGCAUGCAUGCAGUACUAUAUAAGCGAUGCUAACUAUAGUAGCUACUUUUUUAUUAUAGAUUUUUACUUCUGUAUAGACUAUAAUUUCGAUUUAUUUCUCGUUCACCGUUAUUGAAUUGUAUAGAAUUUAGAAAUAUAUUGAACAGCACUCCAUAUUCAUAUACAAACGAAGUGAUCUAACUAUACGUAUAACCUGAAUGACAUUUAUAUGAGCCGAGUUAUUACAUCAUCAAGGACAAUCCGCUUCGCUUUCGAUGCCUUGUAUUUGGUCACGAAACCUUUUUCUCGAUUUUGCAAACAAAUUAAUUUAGAUUUAAUUUUCGUUUGUGGCGAAAUUAACUGCUCAAAUAUUUUGCUAUACUUUGUUUGCGCAUAUAUUUUAGACACCAGCACUUAUCGGGUCUGUUAAAGCAAACGUAUUAGCUCGGCUCAUGUAAAUAGCCAUACAUUAGCGUCGUAUUUAUUUAUGCACGUGCUUGAAUGUUUACACGUAAUAGAAAUUUUUUGAAAUUGAAAUUGAAAAUCCUGUUGCUGGAGUAUUUAGAUCAAGAAUAUUGGCUUUUAUCUUUUGUGUAAGUGGCCUUGUUAAGUAAAUAUAUUUCAUAACCAAAUUGCUUGCAAAAAUGUCUGAAUUAUACAAUCAGGUUA